GUUCUUUCUGCUUUCGACUUUACUUCUUUUGGUAACACUGCACUGCUUCGACAUGCGUACUUAUCUGAGGUGCAUUCCCCUGCUCGCCGUUCUUGUCUCUGCUGUGCCAGUUGCAGAGAAUGAGAAGAGGCAGAAUGCUGAAUUCGACUAUGUGAUCAUCGGUGGAGGUACAGCUGGUCUCACACUUGCCAAUCGACUGUCUGAAGACACCAACGUCCAAGUCGCUGUGAUUGAGGCAGGAACGUUCUAUCAAGUUGCGAAUCCGGUUCUAUCUUCUACGCCGGCUGGAGAUGUCUUCUGGUCGGGCUCUAGCCCAGCGGACCAAAACCUUCUUGUGGACUGGAAUUUCAUCACAGCUCCUCAAGCAGGCGCCAACAACAGACGAAUCAAGUAUGCCCGUGGCAAGUGCUUGGGUGGAAGCUCUUCUCGCAACUACAUGAUCUACCAACGCGGUGACCGAGGUUCUUACCAACGCUGGGCAGAUCAGGUCGGUGACAGCUCAUAUACCUUUGACAGCCUCCUGCCCUACUUCAAGAAAUCAGUCAAGUUCACCCCUCCCAACACUCGCAUGCGCGCGGCCAACGCUUCAGCCGAAUUUGUGGCAAGCGCCUUCGAUGCGAGCGGUGGACCCCUCGAUGUCUCGUACGCCAACUAUGCUGGACCUUUCUCAAGCUACAUGGAGGGAGGGAUGAAUGGUAUUGGUAUCCCAACGAGAGACGAUUUCAAUUCCGGAGACCUCCUCGGUUCCCAAUACUGCAGCUCCACAAUCACACCCAGCAAUCAGAAACGGGCCUCGAGCCAGACGACCUUCCUCGAAGCGGCAAAAAGUCGUCCUAACCUCAAGGUGUACUCCCUUACCCAAGCCAAAAAGAUCAUCUUUGACAGCAACAAACGUGCCACGGGUGUCCAGAUUCCAGGUUUCUUCGGCGCAAGUUCAGUCUUGAGUGCGAGGAAGGAGGUCAUCCUUUCGGCUGGAACCUUUCAGUCCCCCCAGCUCCUCAUGGUGUCGGGGAUCGGUCCUGCCGACCAACUCAACAAAUACAGUAUUCCUAUUGUUGCCGAGCGCCGCGGUGUAGGAAAGAAUAUGCAGGACCACGUCUUCUUUGGCCCCACCUACCGCUACAAGGUCGAGACUUUGACUAAGCUAGCGAACAACCUCCUCUAUGUUGGCGCUCAAUUCGCCUUCGACUACAGCAUCUUCAAGCGCGGCCCUCUCACGAACCCCGUCUGUGACUACCUGGCCUGGGAGAAGGCACCUCGCAAUCUGAUCACACCUGCGGCUGCCUCCGCGCUCAAUCAGUUCCCUGCAUCGUGGCCCGAAAUUGAGUACCUCUCCGCACCCGGAUACAUUGGCGACUUUUCCAACCUUCUCACCACCCAGCCCAAGGACGGCUUCCAGUAUGCCUCAAUCCUGGGUGCCAUCGUUGCCCCUCUGUCUCGUGGUUCCGUCACGCUCAACAGCGCCAGUGUUGAUCGGCUACCCACUAUCGACCCUGGAUGGUUGACUGAUCCCACCGAUCAGUCUGUUGCAAUUGCAAUCUACAAGCGUAUUCGCCAGGCCUUUGCAACAGAUGCCAUGAAGCGGGGCCUUGCUGACACAGUCGAGUAUUUCCCAGGUCCAACAGUGCAGACGGAUGCGCAGAUCCUGAACACGGUGCGCAAUACUCUCAUGACGGUCUGGCAUGCAAGCUGCACCUGCAAGAUGGGUAAGGCUGACGACCCGGAUGCGGUUGUGGAUAGCAAAGCCAAGGUCAUUGGUGUCACCGGCCUUAGGGUUGUGGACGCAAGUGCUUUUGCGUUGUUGCCGCCUGGUCAUCCCCAGUCGACUGUGUAUGCACUUGCUGAGAAGAUCGCGGAUGAUAUCAAGAACGGACGAUAAGACUCUUCUUCAACCAACACGAAUGUGCUUCGUCGGCCUGGAGUGUGAUUGCUGAGUCCCCACAUUAUUUCUCUGUACAUAGUUAACAUCUUUCACAAUCAAGUCGUAACCCUAACCGAG